CGAAUAAAAACUGGAGCCAACUUCCUAGGCGGCCUCAUUGCCGGACCCCAGCCUCUGACAGGUUCGGUCCGCCCUCCUGGCCCCGUCCUCCACCAGCCCCCCCAACCCAGCGCACCCCGACUCUCCCGCUGCACUCGCUGCCCGCAGGACACCAUGGGCAAGUUUUGGUGGCGCGCAGCCUGGGGAAUCUGUCUCUUGCAGCUGAGCCUGGCGCAGCAGAUCGAUUUGAAUGUCACCUGCCGAUUUGCGGGUGUAUUCCACGUGGAGAAAAAUGGUCGCUACAGCAUCUCGAGGACGGAGGCUGCUGACCUCUGCAAGGCUUUCAAUACCACCCUGCCCACCAUGGCCCAGAUGCAGAAUGCCCUAGAAGCUGGGUUUGAGACUUGCAGGUACGGAUUCAUAGAAGGGCAUGUGGUGAUUCCUCGGAUCCACCCCAACUCCAUCUGUGCUGCCAACAACACAGGGGUGUACAUCCUCACGUCCAACACCUCCCAGUAUGACACCUAUUGCUUCAAUGCCUCAGCUGCCGAAAUGAAAGAAGACUGUGCCUCGAUCACAGACCUGCCCAAUUCCUUCGAAGGUCCAGUCUCCAUAACAAUCGUGAACCGUGAUGGCACCCGCUACACCAAGACAGGCGAAUAUAGAACGAACCCUAAUGACAUCAACCCCAGCAGUGCCCCUGAAGAGGACAUGAGCAGUGGCUCCUCCAGUGAAAGAAGCACUUCGGGAGGUUACAUCUUCAACACGCACCUGCCAACCACUGCUCACCCAAUCUAUGACCAAGAGGACUACGGAGUGUCCGAGAGCCCGGAGGGCAGCCCUGUCACCACUUUGAUGAGCACUAGUGACACAACUCCCAAAACAGCAACCAGGAAACAAGAAGCACAUGAUUGGUUUUCAUGGUGGUUUCAACCAUCAGAGACUAAGAAUCAUCCUCACCCAACAACAAAAAUGGCUGGUACGGAUUCAAAUAUCAUCUCAGCAGGCUGGGAGCCAACUGAAGAAAAUGAAGAUGAAAGAGACAAACACCCCAGUUAUUCUGGAUCAGGCAUUGAUGAUGAUGAAGAUUUUAUCUCCAGCACCAUUUCAACGACAACACCAGUUCCUAUGCACCCAGGUGAGAACAUGGAUUGGACUGUAUGGAGACCAGCUUCUGUGGAUCCAGAACUAUUACCUCAGACAACCACAAGCAUGAAUGAUGUGGACAAAAGUGGCACCAGUGCUUAUGGGGAAAACUGGACCCAGGACCCUCACCCUCCUCUCAUUCACCAUGAACAUCAGAAGGAAGAGGAGACCCAACAUUCUACAAGCACAACCCAGGCAACUCCUAGUAGCACAAUAGAAGAAACGGCUACCCAGAAAGAGCAGUGGUUUGGGACUGCAUGGCAUGGGGAGUAUCCUCAAGUGCCUAAAGAAGAUUCUGACUCAGCAGCAGGGACACCCGCAACCUCAGCCCAUGAAAGCCAUCCAAGUCAAAGGAUGACAACGCAGAGUCAAGAGGACAGUUCCUGGAAUAAUUUCUUCAACUCAGUCUCACAUCCAAUGGGAGAAGGUCAUCAAACACAAGGGAAUAUGGAUAUGGACACCAGUGAUAGUACAACACUUCCACCUUCUGAAGAUCAAAAUACAGGUUGGGUGGAAGACUUGGAGAGGCCAGGACCCUUUUCAAUCACAACUCAACAGAGUCAUAUGCAGAGUUUCUCUACAUUACAAGGAGACUUGGAAGAAGAUAAUGACCAUCCAAUGACUUCUACUCCAACAUCUAGCAAUAGAAAUGAUGGCACAGUUGAAGGAAAUGGCGGAAGUCAUCCUGAAGACUCAACUACUUCAGUGGAAGGUUCUACUUCUCAUUCCUCAGACACAAAAGAUAUCAGGACCCACAUCCCAGUGACUCCUCUUUAUACUGGGGCCCCUGGAGUUACUGAAGUUACUGUUGUUGGAGAUUCCAAUUUUAAUGUUGAUCGUUCCUUACCAGAAGACCAGGACUCAGUCUUUGAACCCAGCGGGGAUUCCCAUACCACCCAUGGAUCAGAGUCAGCUGGACACUCAAGUGGAAGUCGAGAUGGUGGGCUAAACACGACCUCUGGUCCUAUGAGGAGGCCUCAAAUUCCAGAAUGGCUGAUCAUCUUGGCAUCCCUUUUGGCCCUGGCUUUGAUUCUUGCAGUUUGCAUCGCUGUCAACAGUCGAAGAAGGUGUGGGCAGAAGAAAAAGCUGGUGAUCAACAAUGGCAAUGGAGCUGUGGAAGCUAGAAAGCCAAGUGGACUCAAUGGAGAGGCCAGCAAGUCUCAGGAGAUGGUGCACUUGGUGAACAAGGAGCCGACAGACACCCCAGACCAGAUUAUGACAGCUGACGAGACACGGAACCUGCAGAAUGUGGACAUGAAGAUUGGGGUGUAACACCUUCUCUAUGACCUUGGAAAUAAUCAACAGUCAGAGACAACCAUUACAGGGAGUUGGGACCCUUCACAGAUGCAAUGUGCUACUGAUUGUUCUAGGGAAUCUUUUUUUAGCAUAACAUUUUCUACUCCUUUUUGUUUUUUAAAGUCAAGUUGAAUUGUAAAAACAGCAUUGCUUUCUGAAAUGAGGGUCCAAUUAACAAUUGGCAAGAAUUUAAUGGCUCCAUUUCCCACCUAGAAGCCUCUCACCUCCUGGGUGUGCUGUGGGUGGCCUCUAGCAAAAGUGGAGGAUAUGUUCCCAUUCCCGACCACCAACCUUCCCUCCAUCCACCUCCCAGGUAAUAGCUACAUGGUAAGGUCAUUCCCCAGGGCCACAAAUGGUCUCUGGAGAAAAUUUGAAUAGGUCCAUAUUGCCCCUCCAGUUGCCCAGUCCCUGGGCAUUGCUUUCCAGGGGCACAGGAAUCGAGUGUACAGGCUACACAUCCCCUUCUCCAGGCCCCCUGGAAAUUUUUCAGAUGCUUCUGGGAGAUACCCAAAGGGUAAAGCUAUUUAUCUGUAGUAAGCUAUUUAUCUGUAUUUUGAAAUACUGAACCCUGGAGGUCCUUUGAUAUGUAUGGCUUUUUUUUUUUUUUUUUUACUUUAUCAGAGGCAUAAAGGGUAUCAACCACCAAUUCACAAUAAACAUCUGUACUUCUUCCAUCUUAAUCCUUUGUGCUGUGAUCUUUCAUUUUCUUACCAACAAGAACUGGGUUCCAACAGCUCAUCAGGUAAUUCUGUGAAUGGUCCCCCUUAAAAGUCUUCUCAGAGCCCCCACUCAAGCAACUCUCAAAGAAGAUGGAGGAAG